GCGACACCGCAGCUGUUUGGUUUGGAACCAUGACUGAAGAUGACGGAUUCAGUUGUCGUGGAGGGAUAUGUCAAAUUCAGAGAUGGAAAAAAGUGGAAGGAUAGGUGGGUCGCACUCCGCAAGCCAUCGCCCGUAGCAGACUGCUUGGUACUUCUGGUCUACAAAGACAAGUCAGAUAAAGCCCAGGGCCACCGGGAGAGGGUCAGUGUCACCUUGGAGGACAUCUGUGGUCUGGAGAUAGGUCUCUCGUAUGAGGGGGUGGGCUACACGCUGGUCAUCAUCUGCCUGGGCCAGGUUGUCAUGCUGGGCUUCGACGGAAAAGAGGCUCUGCUGGCCUGGGACAUCCGCAUCCGCUACAGUCUGGGGGAAGUCCACAGGUUUAGCGUUGGUAUCUUACCAGGCACCAUGUUGGAGAGCGGGCCUGCGACCCUUCACUUGUGUAACAACCUAUUGGUCCUGGUCAGGGACAUUCUCCCCGUUAUCAUCGGCCAGUGGAAGCUUCCAGACCUGCGCAGAUAUGGGCCUGUACCAAAUGGCUUCGUCUUUGAGGGGGGGACGCGAUGCGGCUACUGGGCUGGCGUCUUCUUCCUAUCAUCCAUGGAGGGUGAGCAGAUCAGCUUUCUGUUCGACUGCAUCGUCAGAGGCAUCUCCCCCAGCAGAGGCCCUUUUGGACUUCGGCCACUCCUGCCAGACACCAACGCUGUCGCUAACCAGGCCUACUCUGAUAAGAGGGUGAACCAUGAGGCCCAGGAGUUGGAGAAACGACUCAACAUGCUGUCUCACCAGAGCAGCACAGCUUCCUCCACAUAUGGUCUGUCUGUGGCGGGAGACAUCUGCAGCAUAUCAGGCUCCUCUCACACCUCCGACACCAGCCAAUCAGACUCCAUCGUCGGCAGCCGGCUGGCCAUUUGGACUGAGCCUGUCACAACAAGCUCUACCCGCACAGAGACCAUCAUUGGCCAGUUACAGGCCAAGGGGAAACCGUCCACCAGCCUGGUGGGUGGAGCCCGUGUAGUAGCCAAGACCCCUCGGUCCCGGCAGCUGCAGGAGAUUGGUCGCCAGAGCUCGUCCGACAGCGGCAUCGCCACAGGAAGCCACUCCUCGUACUCUGGGAGUUUCUCCUCCUACGUGGGUAGCCUGGACUAUGGCUCCCUGCUUAGCCUGCCCCCUCAACUGUCUCUAGACCUGGCCCCCUGUACCUGUCCCCAUGCACCAGGACAUGAGUACCAGGUACCCACCUCACUGAGGUACAUCUAUGACACCCCCCGAACUCUACUGCAGGGGGGAACAGGAGGGGCCAGGGGGCAGGAUAUCUCCACAACACCUAUAGACCAGGCGCUCCACCACAGAGCUCCUGCAGAGCCACUCUGA